CAGGCAUCCGCAGGGCAGCACAAUUGCUCGAAAUAUCUACAGUGAUCAAUCUCUUAUCGCGCCCUGGGAGGGAAAAUAAAUCGCGCCUGGAAGUCCACAACAUUUAUUUUUUUUCUCCAAAUUGCGUUUCGGGGUGGAAGUUGUGUUGCCCCGGCACCACCGAGGAGUCUCGUACCUUCGCAGCCCCGCUAGGGUUGAUUUGUCCCCUACGGAGUGCACAGCCUUUCAUCAACCCUGACCAAUCUACAGAGCGAGGAGUUGCAUGGAGAAUAAUAUCGAUGCAAUGAUCCCAAGGUGAGCUGACGUCCCGUUGUGUCCGUCUGUCAGAGCCCGAAGUUUAGAGGAAACUGAGAAACACAAAAUGUCUGCUGCUAACAUCAGCCCGCUGAUCCUUGCCCUCCUCCUCCUCCUCUUCCCCACGGUUUCCAGCCAACAGGUCCCCUUUAACUGUGUGAUCAAGAGGGAGCAGGAGAAAUGCAUGAAAAUGAUGGCCUCGGAUGAUCCUGGGAAUGAGCCAGAAUUUGACUGUCCGUGGAUGUGGGACAACCUGUCAUGUUGGCAGCCGGCCACAAUCGGCGAGGUCGUCGAAGUCAACUGCCCUGAACUCUUCUAUCAGUACACGAUUGAAGAAGACUUCGAGCCUGGGAAGGUAAGUCGAAACUGCACUGAGUUUGGCUGGUCAGAGACCUUCCCUCAUUACAUCGAUGCCUGCAUGAAUGAGGACGGGAACGGCAGCCAUCCAGAAGACAAGGUGUACUUUGUGUCAGUGAAGGCUCUGUACACUGUGGGCUACAGCACUUCUUUGGUCUCCCUCACCACUGCCAUGGUCAUCCUGUGCAGGUUCAGGAAGUUGCACUGUACCAGGAACUUCAUCCACAUGAACCUAUUUGUGUCAUUCAUCUUAAGAGCUAUUUCAGUCUUCAUCAAAGACGGCGUGCUGUAUGCCAAAGAGGACAGCGAGCACUGCUUUAUACACACUCUGGAGUGUCGAGCAGUGAUGAUAUUCUUCCAUUACUGCGUCCUCUCUAACUACUUCUGGCUCUUCAUCGAGGGUUUGUAUCUUUUCACUUUACUGGUGGAGACCUUCUUCCCUGAAAAGAGAUACUUCUACUGGUACAUCAUCAUUGGCUGGGGAACCCCCACAGUGUGUGUGACCAUCUGGGCAGUGCUGAGGCUCCACUUUGAUGAUAUCGGGUGUUGGGAUAUGAAUGACAACGCUGCCAUCUGGUGGGUGAUCAAGGGACCAGUGCUCGCUUCAAUUAUGAUCAACUUUGUGCUCUUCGUUGGCAUCAUCAUCAUCCUUGUCCAGAAGUUACAGUCCCCAGAUAUCGGUGGAAAUGAAUCCAGUAUUUACCUGAGGUUGGCCCGCUCCACUCUGUUACUGAUCCCUCUGUUUGGGAUCCACUACACUGUGUUUGCCUUCUCCCCUGAGAACGUCAGCAAGAGAGAGCGUCUGGUGUUUGAGCUUGGCCUCGGAUCCUUCCAGGGCUUUGUGGUGGCCGUCCUCUACUGUUUCCUGAAUGGAGAGGUGCAAUCGGAGAUCAAGAGGAAAUGGCGCAGCUGGACGGUGAACAGAUACUUUGCUGUGGACCUGAAGCACCGGCAUCCUUCGCUGGCGAGCAGUGGGGUCAACGGGGGCACGCAGCUGUCCAUCCUCAGCAAGAGCAGCUCGCAGAUCCGCAUGUCCAGCCUGCAGGCCGAGACCCCGGCCACCUGAACGGCACCGCCUCCGCACCCGACGCCACCCAACCUGCCACACCCACCCUCGUCCCGAUGACCAGCCUCACCAACCCGUUCCUCAACCCGUACCCCAACCCAUACCCAGACGAAACCGUGAUGGAGACCCAGCUCAACUCCAGCGACCCAGAACAGCCUCUAGUCUGACUUGCUCCGCCCCUCGAAACAUGACCGCAACCCGAAUGUCAGGUGCCGAAUCAUCUCUUCGUGUCCCGGUUCAGGAGUGAAAAAACAAACGUAGUCCUCCUGUUUCCUGAACAGUUGCUGGCCUUCAAAGGGCAUGAUUGGGAAUUCUAGUGUACAGUAUAUCUUGUUGGGCUGUAACAUGCAACAAACAAGCAUGGUUAUCUCUCUGUAUAUAUUGUGUUUGUGUGGUGCUGCAGUAUUUGCUGCUGUAGAGCACAGGGCGCCCAGUUUGUUGCUGCAGCCCUCUCAUAGUGAUCGUUCCAGUCCGUCUUCACCCUUUCCUCCAAAUAUGUUUUAGACUGUAACUAUACACUACUCGUCUCUCAGCUGCCGUGCCAUUUGAAAUGGCUCCAUUUAAGACAGGCAACACUGGGAAAUGUAAAUACCUUAAAGGGCCACUCCACAGAUUUUACACGUCACGUUGAGUACUUAUCAGCCUGUGAUGUAAUGUCCUGUGUGGCUAAUCGAGUAGCUGAAAAAAAGUAACCCUAGUGAUGUCACAGUGAUGUCAUUAGAGUUAUUUCAUCUUGGGGCUUGAAAAAUACACGUUUAUCUGAAAACCUGGAUUACAAACUAAGGGCAGGGCGUUUAAGAGAUGCAGGUAUUUACCAGGCGAGCAGAAUCUGUUGAAAAGAUACAGUUUGCUGCACAAUGAGAAAUUUUGUAUCCAGUGAUUUUGGAGUUUGCCCCAAACUUGGGACUAAAAGUCACGAUAUCUCGUCCUCUGCUGCUUUGAUUCUGACCCGCCCUGAUGUACAGUAAAUACCUUAAAUAAGUAGUU